GGACCUACCAGUACAUGAAGCUUCAGGCCACUGCUACUUUCUUCUCACGCCCCUCGGAUCCCGUCUCUCUGCUGCAAUGGCCAAGCCUCACGAUAUCUGCGAGGGAUACUACAGCGUGGAUGCUGGCUUCGUGGAGCGCUUCUCCUGCCCAGCCGACCCUGAGAGACUCGAACUUCUCUACUGCUGCGGGUUUGAGGACAUGAAGUAUUGCUGCAGUGAGCCUGGAAGCUACUUCCCCUACAAGUAUGCCUACAUGUGGAGCCUGAGCGUUGGGGCUCUUGCGGCGCUGGCCGUGGCGGCACUGGUCCUCCUAGCUUUCGUCCUCAGUGUUUGUAGACUCUGCUUCCUCUUCCUUCAUACUAAGCCCCUCCCAUCACACUCAGGGCUGAAGUCACGCCACCUGGAAAGCUCCGGAAGCCUGGCUUUCAAAGGAAGCCUGAUGAAGAACGAGGCCACAGGUCAGACACCUACGGAGGAGCAAGGGCCUUCAGCCAGGAGGGUGAUCGUAUUUAAAGACGACAAAUCCACCUCCGUCGGAUCAAUAAAAUUAACAAUGAUAUAA